GGAGAGAGGGGUCCGGUCCCCGGCUGCCGGGUGUGAAUUAAGCAGAGAAUCGGGGGCAUCCUGGGCUGGGAGGAGUCGGCCAGUGGAUCCCAGCUGCAGAAAUCAACUCCUGGCUGAAAUUCAGGCUGUUGGCGGGGCGCUCUGCGCGCGCCUCAUCCUCGCAGGUCCCGGACCCCCGGAAGCCCAGGAGCAAGUGGACGCGGCAGCAUGGACCAGCCAGGCCCGCCGGCUCCCGUCCGGGAAGAGGCUGACGUCAAGUCCGAGGAGGAGGAGGAGGAGGAGGAGGAGGCGGGGGAGCAGCGGGAUCUCGACAGCGGAGACGAAGUUCCCGAAGCAGACAGGCGGGCGCCGGGCACCCCCGGGGAGGCAGGGGACACGGGAGCAGAUGCCCCCGCCGCCGCCCCCGUGCCCGCCGCCCCCGCCGACGCCACCCCUGCCGCCGGACCAGGAUGUGAGGACGGGCCGGGACCGGACGCGGACGUCCCGGCGGAACCGCUGAAACCCGGGGUCCCGGCGAGAGUCAACCCCUACUCCGUCAUCGACAUCACGCCCCUCCAGGAGGACCGGCCGCCGCCCUCAGACCCGGAGGCCGAGGGGGAGGGCGGCGGCCCGCACGUGCCCAGCGGGUACUCGGUGCCUGUGCCCUGCGGCUACGCCGUGCCCUCAGGCCUGCCCCUGCUGCCUGCCCACGCCAGCCCCGUCCUCGCCCCCGAGGACCCCGCAGAGACGCAGGGAGGCGCGGAGGACGGCAGCCAGGCGCGCUCCUCGGGCUCCGAGGAUCCGACCAACAGUGACGAUCCGGUCCAUAAGGAGGACAGCGCCCUUGCCCGGUGGGCUGCGGAUCCUGCCAACACCGCCUGGAUGGAGAAUCCGGAAGAAGCCAUUUAUGACGACGUGCCCAGAGAGAAUUCAGACUCGGAGCCAGAUGAAAUGAUUUACGAUGACGUUGAGAACGGAGAUGAAGGCGGAAACAGCUCCCUGGAGGACGGGUGGAGCUCGAGUGAGUUUGAGAGCUACGAGGAGCAGAGCGACCCAGAGAGCAGAGGCGGGGUGCCCCGGUCCUUCCUGCGCAGUGACCACAGAAAGCAACUUUCCCAUGACCUAACCCGCUUAAAGGAGCGCUAUGAGAGAAAGAUGAGAGAUCUGAUGGCAAACACGGUGCGCGCGGUAGAGAUUCAGCAGCUAAAGCACAAACGUGAGCUGAAGAUGCAGAAGCUCGUGAAGGCCGCCAGGGAGGGCACGAGGGACGGCCUGGAGAAGACCAAGGCGGCGGUGAAGCGCGGCCGCUCUUUCAUCAGGACCAAGUCCUUCAUCUCUGCAGACCACAGGUGCCGCCCGGAGGAGGAGCAGAGCCCGUUCAUCGACGUGGACUGCAGGCACCCGGAGGCCGUGCUCACCCCGAUGCCCGCGGGCCUGUCUCAGCAGCAGGUCGUGAGAAGAUACAUUCUGGGUUCGGUUGUGGACAGUGAAAAGAACUACGUGGACGCCCUUAGGAGGAUCGUGGAGCAAUAUGAGAAGCCACUGUCUGAGAUGGAGCCCCGGAUCCUGAGCGAGAGGAAGCUGAAGAUGGUCUUCUACCGGGUCAAGGAGGUCCUGCAGUGCCACUGCAUGUUCCAGAUCGCGCUGGCCAGCCGCGUGGCCGAGUGGGACUCCGUGGAGAUGAUCGGAGACGUCUUCGUGGCCUCGUUUUCUAAAUCCAUGGUGCUGGAUGCCUAUAGUGAAUAUGUGAAUAAUUUUAGCACCGCCGUGGCCAUCCUUAAGAAAACGUGUGCUACAAAGCCUGCUUUUCUUGAAUUUUUAAAGCAGUGCCAGGAGGCCAGCCCCGACCGCGUCACGCUGCACAGCCUGAUGACCAAGCCUAUCCAGAGGUUCCCGCAGUUCAUCCUGCUGCUCCAGGACAUGCUGAAGAACACGCCCCGGGGACACCCCGACCGGCUGCCCCUCCAAAUGGCGCUGACGGAGCUCGAGACGCUGGCGGAGAAGCUGAACGAGAGGAAGAGGGACGCGGAUCAGCGGUGUGAGAUCAAGCAGAUAGCGAAAGCCGUCAACGAGCGGUACCUGAACAAGCUCCUCAGCAGCGGGAGUCGCUACCUCGUCCGCUCUGACGACGUCAUUGAAACCGUCUACAACGACCGGGGCGAGAUCGUGAAAACCAAGGAGCGCCGGCUCUUCAUGCUGAAUGACGUGCUCAUGUGCGCCACGGUCAGCGCCCGCAGCUCCCACGACAGCAGUGCCAUGACGUCGACCAGCCAGAGGUAUUUGUUGAAGUGGAGCGUCCCUCUCGGGCACGUGGAGGUGAUAGAAUACGGCGGCAACGAGGGCGCGGGCGAGAACGGCAGGUGUCCCGCAGUGCCCGCGCCCGAGAGCCUGGCGGUGGUGGCCGGCGCCAAGCCAAACAGAGUUUACAUGGGGCCGGGGCAGCUGUAUCAAGAUUUACAGAACUUGCUGCACGACGUAAAUGUCAUCGGUCAAAUCACUCAGCUGGUUGGAAACCUCAAAGGAAACUAUCAGAACUUGAACCAGUCGGUAGCCCACGACUGGACCUUGGGUUUACAGAGACUUAUUUUGAAGAAGGAAGAGGAGAUCAGAGCGGCCGACUGCUGUCGGAUCCAGUUACAGCUGCCAGGAAAGCAGGACAAGUCAGGCCGGCCGACUUUCUUCACCGCCGUGUUCAACACCUUCACUCCAGCCAUCAAGGAGUCGUGGGUCAGCCACCUGCAGAUGGCCAAGCUCGCCCUCGAGGAGGAGAACCACCUGGGCUGGUUCUGCGUGGAGGACGACGGGAAUCAGAUCAAGAAGGAGAGACACCCCCUCCUCGUGGGGCACAUGCCCGUGACGGUGGCCAAGCAGCAGGAGUUCAAGAUCGAAUGUGCCGUUUAUAAUCCUGAGCCUUUCCCGAGUAAUGAGAAUCAGCCAGACUCGUUUUCCACGGCUCACGGCUUCCUGUGGAUCGGAAGCUGCACCAGUCAGAUGGGCCAGAUUGCCAUCGUCUCCUUUCACAACUCCAGCCCCAAGGUCAUCGAGUGCUUCAACGUGGAGUCCCGUGUCCUGUGCAUGGUGUACGUGCCCGCGGAGGACAGGCCCCGGGAGCCCGAGGCCACGGGCGGCCGAGUGCUGGGCGUCCCCACCGUCUGCCUGGGGACAGAGGAGGGGAGCAUUUCCAUUUAUAAAAGCAGCCAAGGCUCCAAGAAGGUGCGGCUCCAGCACUUCUUCACUCCUGAGAAAUGCACAGUCAUGAGCUUGGCCUGCACGCCCCGGAGCCUGUAUGCCGGCCUGGUCAACGGGGCCGUGGCCGUCUACGCCAGAGCAGACGAUGGAUCCUGGAAUUCCGAGCCUCAAACGGUGAUACAAUUAGGCGUCCUCCCCGUUCGAAGUCUGCUAAUGACGGAAGACACGCUGUGGGCGGCGUCGGGAGGCCAAGUGUCCGUGAUCAGCAUGGAGACUCACGCCGUAGAGCGGCAGCUGGAGGCCCACCAGGAGGAGGGCAUGGUGGUCGCACACGUGGCUGUGGCCGGCGUGGGCAUCUGGGUCGCCUUCACCUCGGGGGCCACGCUCCGCCUCUUCCACACGGAGACGCUCAAGCACCUCCAGGACAUCAACAUCGCCACCCCCGUGCACCACAUGCUGCCAGGACACCAGCGGCUGUCCGUGACCAGCCUGCUCGUCUGCCACGGCCUCCUGAUGGUCGGCACCAGCCUGGGCGUCGUGGUGGCCCUGCCUGUCCCUCGCCUGCAAGGCAUCCCCAAGGUGACCGACUGUGUCUGCUAGUUUGAAUCAUCAGGUCAUACUUUCGUCUUCCUGUUUCUCACAUCGGUAGUCCAGGGAGACCCUUAUCCCCAAGACGUGUUUUCACGUCACCUUUUUUGCCACCUGGUGGCUUUGAUCAUUCUAUACCGUUUUGUUCCGUGAAAAUGGAUGCUUUUUAUGUUUUGCAAAGAAGGAGGCCCAGCAUCUGGGAAAGCUCAGUUGUGCUGUUUUGCAGUGUUGGGAGGAGUUCAAGUGGACACAGCCUUUUUGGGAAGCACUUAAGGACCUGAAGGUGCUCUUGCGUCAGGAGUCAGGUUUCCAGUUCAGGAGUCUGUCUCGGGAAGCAGCCAAGUCUAGGGACAAGUUGUGAUGCAGAAAGAAAAGGAAGCAGCCUGAAGGUCCACAAUUAGGGGUAGGGAGACAUUUAAGAGAAUGGGCCCGUUGCCAUUUUAGAAUGUAACGCAGCCAGUGAAAACGGUGUUUGCACAGAGCUCUGAAUGAUACAGAAACACGUUAAUUCUGUAAGUUAGGUAAGACCAAGAUCUUAAAUUUUAUGUUGAUUAUAUGACUCUCAGAGAAAAAGAUUUGUAGGAAACUCAUCGAAACGUUACUGAAGAUCUCUGUCUACAGUUACUUCCUCUUGUCAGCUCUGGAGUACGUCACUGCGACUGCAGGCACCCUUUCUUCCCUCACCAAGCUGUCACGGAUCUGUUGCUUUAGAUGAAUUCACGUUUGGUCAUGCUCCAUCUGUUGGGAUCGUGGAAUUCCAAUUUUGUUUUUUCAUUUCUUAAUUUCUGUUUCAUUAUGAUCUCUCUGUGGUACAUACAGAGCUGUGUAUGACAGACAUGUGCUGUUUAAGUGGUAAAAGGCUCAGGAGUAGGACACCCCUCGCGUGACAGCCGUGGGUGCCCCUCCCACAGCCAGACGCUCUUCUCCUGCAGUCUCACGUCGUCAUUCCAUUAGUUUUUGUCUACAGUUUAGCUAAUUUGUACCUUUUUUUAAAAGGAAGUUUUUUGGUUGUUUUGUUUCUUUGGAGUAAAAUUGCUUCACAAUGUUGCGUUAGUUUCUGCUGUACAAGGCAGUGAGUCAGCUGUAGGUAUACGUACAUCUCCACGUCCCCUCCCCCUCCCCCUCGCGCCUCCCUCCCCCACCCCCCUAGGUCGUCACAGAGACCGAGCUGAGCUCCCUGUGCUCUGCAGCAGCUUCCCGCUAGCCUUCUGUGUUAUACUCGAUAGUAGCAUGAAUACGUCACACCGAAUCUCCCAGUUCUAAAGUCUCUAAUGGUGCGUUCUAGCAUGUCUGUAACUGUCUCCUAGCAUACGUGUUCCUCUCCAGCUGCUUCCUUCCACAUAACUUCUGAGGCACAGCCCCCUCGGCCGCGUGACUGCAGCUCGUGUGUGUCCUGCUGUGUGGCGUGGUUUUGUUCCCUGUGUGACAUGUGGUGGGUGUGUAGUUGUCUCCAGUGUUGUGUGCUGCAUGCAAAGGCCCUGUGGGUGUCCUUCUGGCCGCCCCUUCUCAUAGGGACUCGGGUCCGCUGGGUGUGUUCGGGAGAUCACAGGUGUGUAGGAACACUCACGUUCAGGCUCACCGGGUGCUGCUGGGACAGUCCCCUGGGCUGUCGCGUCAGAUCACACCUCCAUCCCUGGUGUCUGGGCGUCCCCAUCCCUCCACGGUGCCCAGUCCCCCUGUUGGUGGAGGUCUAGGCUCACCCUUCUGCCAGUUGAGGAAGGCAUCUCGCCCGGCUGAGGAAUGCUGUCGUGUCCGCCGCCUCGGCCAGAGCGGGAGGACGGCGCUGGGGCCCUGUUUCAGCCUCAGAGCAUCUGGUGAAAGGGGCAUCUAGUCCACAUGUCUGUGUCAGCCCACCUGCGGGGCGCCUAAAAACAGACAUCCCGUUCCCGCCUGACCCUUGGAGUCACGGUGUUUGGGGGGGGUCUGCGUUUCAUAAGAAGGCCUGCGGGGAGUUUCUGGUGCUUCUUUUAAAGUUCAGUUCACAUCACCUUUGAACUGAAAAGCCCCCAUUGUCAUUAAUACCAUAGGACUAACGUAUUCUAAACCACGGAAUCUUUUUGAAAUGAAACAUGGCAGGAAGCUACCGGCAGUUUGGGCAUCUUGUUCCUAAAAUGGACAUAUGUCAGGCAUUUAAUUUUUUUAAAUCAAAUGUUAGGAAAACUUUUCCUACAUGUGUUAUCUUAGAGCAGGUGAGAAGGCAUUUAUGCAGAAACCAGGAAAACAGCCGUUUUACGCCUCUGAAAGGGUGGUGCGAGCCCCAGAGCCGAGAUGCUGUUGACAGCAACCAGGGGCGCGUGUUGGGCCGGGGUCUGCGGGCGCUCUUGGGAGUGAGUAGGGAGGCGCGCGCGGUGGUGCGCGGGGUCCCGCCCGGCGCCGGCCCCGCUGAGCGCUGUCC